GAGAUUCUAAUUUUAGGUGUUCUGUUUGUAGUGUUACCCAUUAGUUCGCGGUUUACUUGACAGUGUUGCAGGAUGUUUACGUGAGAAUUGUAAAAUAUGCUCUAUUUUUGUGUGGAUUGAAAUGACUCUUGACCUUAUAUCGAAGUGUCGGCGUUUGUUAUGGCGUGACUGCGAUUGAAAUUCGCGUUUUUUAAAUUAUUGAGCAUCUAUAGAAAAGAUGGCUGCUGCUUUCCCAUCUCAAGAGCAUAGACCACUGAAAAAGCCUCGGCUUGGUCCUCCAGAUGUCUACCCUCAAGACCCAAAACAGAAAGAAGAUGAGCUAAAUCAGAUGAGCGUCAAGCAUGGCUUCCAAAUACCCUCAGCAUUUCCAGAUGAGUAUGGAUCUGAAAAAAAUGCUGGAAUUACAGUGGAGAAAUUUGGCAGCUAUUUUGCUUCUAUCAUCAAUAAGAAAAUGGGACUUAAUACACUCCAAGACACCAAAAAGAAACAACCUCAGCUGCCUGUCAAGGACAAUUUCUGGCCAGCAGCACGUAGCAAACAGGGCAUGGAGGCAUGGUUCAAAGAUCUGGCAGGCAGCAAGCCCCUUGCAUUGCUUAGUCGAAAGGUACCAACGUUCAAUAAGAAAGAAGAGAUCUUCUCCACACUCUGUGAAUUUUCUGUACCACUGGUGCGUGCUGCGUGGUUCAUCAAAAUGACAGCAGCACAUAACAUGGCCACACAGGACUCACGCAUGCGUCGGCGCCAGGCAGCAGACCAGUCCAUUGACUGGACACAGUCUUUGACGAAAUACCUCAAGGAACAACUACAGAAAAUUCAAGACCAUUACCAUGGGGGUAUCUCUGGACCACAGACUUCUUUUCUGCUCACAUCUCAGCCCACUACACAAGUGGAUAUGGAACAUGCACUUAAACAAUGGACUUACUGCACUCGCUUAGCAAAACAUAUGUACAAUGAAGGACUUCUUGAUCGGCAUGAGACCCUCACCUGGGUAGUAGAGGUGUUAGAAAAAAUGAAGAAUGCUGAUGACACAGUGCUGAAGCUGCUUUUGGCUCAAGUUGAGAAGUACAUAAGUGAGAUCUGUCUGUCUGCCUUGCUGAGUCGACGGUUAGCAUACUUCUGCUGCAAGAGGCUGCAACAGAUGUGUUCGGAAGCUGGAAGCCUCACGCGGACUCAAUCUCCCAUGGUCACGUCAAAUGUGACAUCUACAACUAGCAACCAGUACCAGUCAAGCCAUCCUUUUGCAUCAGUAUUUGUGGAAUACCGCGACUGUCCCCAGCACAGGUCCAUUGUACUGAGACUCUGUGCAAUAGUGCAGACAGCAACUCUACGUUGUCCAACAGCCCUGGUGUGGAACUGGCUGGGAGAAGGCAAAACUUCCUCAUUCCUGUGUGGCUCACCCCUUGACAUUUUACCUUGUGCUCCCUCUAGUAUUCCUAUGCUGCCAAGCCCACAAAACCCACAGAUGCGGGAAAUGAUUCGCUCAGCUGAAAAUCUCAUCAGACAAAGGUCCCGUGCAGCAGAAGUCAACUGGUCUUCUGACAAAUGUCAGCAGUCAGCAACGGGUUUUACCAUCAGCAAAGUCCUGCAUGUGUUGGAUGUCCUUGACCGGCAUUAUUUUGACCGUGUGGAUUCCAGCAAUUCUCUUGACAGUCUCUACAACAAGAUUUUUGGUGCAAGCUCAUCUAAAGAUAACAGUGAGGCACCAAUGAGUGAUGAGCCAGUGAUUAAGCUGCUGAUUGACUGGGCAGUCAGUACACAGCGCACUGGAGAGCACCGAGCAAUCGUCACUGCCAAACUGCUGGAGCGACGCCAGAGUGAGCUUAGAGCUGAGAAAUACGGAGAGGCAGAAGUCAUAGAUGACAAGGAGUCUGCAGGCUCAGAUGUGUAUGUGCCUCCAGGCAUCCCUCCAUUCCAGUCUAUUUUGAUGGACUUCCUAGACAGUCGGGCACCACUUCUAGAGGACCACAGUUCAGAUGAUGAAAAGCAGGCGUUCCGAAAUCUGAUUCUGCUUUUCCAUGAACUGAUUCUUCACGAUGUCUUUUCUCAUGAUGCCUACAUGUGCACACUCAUCUCCCGCGGAGACUUGCUCUGCUCUCCUUCUUUCCUGCAAUCUGCAGACAGUGUUGCCCCUUCUAGUGACAAGAGCCCAAGUGAAAGCAUCCGUCAUGAUCAUCAGGAUGACAUCAAAGUUGACAUGGACAUACACACCAUGGAGUCUGAUCUCAGCAGCCUGUUUGGCUCAGUUAAGGAUGAUGGGCGGUGCAGCCCAGAGCCCCCAGCCUCAGUCAAGUCAGUCAAGUCAGAGAAGGAUCUUCCUAUUCCGAGUGUAGGAGAGGCCCAUGGCUCCCAUCACCUCGGCCACCAUAUGCACCACCACCAGCAGCAAAUGCCAAAGGGUCCCUCUCGACACCUGGUGUAUGCCACACACCUGCCUAUUUCCCAGGAAGACUAUACUGUCCAUGAGUGUAAUCAGCGUAUGGUGGUACUUUAUGGAGUGGGAAAAGCCCGGGAAGAGGCACGCCACAGCCUGAAAAAGACCUCCAAGGAAAUUGUUAAGUUAUUCUCCAAAAGGAACUGCAUUGAUGUUCUAAGCGGUGACUUAGGCAGAGUGAAAAAGAAGAAGGAAAAAGAAGCCAAAGAUGCAGCAGCCAUAGCUGGUGCCACAGUCGAUGGUGCUCUGACCACUGUGUCAGGCCCUUUGACCAACCCAACACCAACAAGCACUGUAGUAGCAACACCAAAUCUAGAAGCCAUGGUGCAGAAGUUUCAGAAGCUGUCAUACUAUGACCAGCAUGUUGUCACAGCCCAGUGUACAGCUGCCGUUCGUGAGCAGCUCCGAAUUUUUGUGGCAGGCAAUUCCAGUUACUUGCCCCUUGUGGAGCACAUCUCCUUUCUUUUUGACCUGAUGCAGUCUGCACUCAAUCUCAGUGGGCUAAUGGACUUCAUUUUGCAGCUUCUGAAGUCUCUGUGUGAAGUUGAACAAGAGUUGAGUCAGAAGGAGUCAUCACUUGAGCGAACCUACUCCACGUCCUUAUGCUUGUGUAUUGUUGGAGUUCUGAGGAAGUACCAUACCUACGUACUUGUAUCCCAUGAACUAGUCUCUGAAGCCUUCAAAGGGCUCAUGGAGGUACUCAAAGUUGUGAAUGUCUGCAACCCAGUGAACUGCUCCUCAGCAGAGCGCUGUGUGCUGGCCUGGCUUUAUGACACCUACAGCUGUUGCAGUUACCUAAAGACCAACUUUGCAGAGCUGUUUAAUCCAGCAUACAACAAGAUGAAAUCCACCCUUUAUGCACCUGUAACCCCUUCAGACCACAAUCUCAAAUGGACUCCAACUUUUAUGAUGGAUGUCAUCUCUAGUGGCAAGUGCCAGAUUGACACAGAGAUGGUCAAGCAAUUGAAUGAGAACCCCAUAAACCGCUACAGUUUUGUUUGUAAUGCCAUGCUGACCAUCACUGCCUCUCAAAGCCCAGAAAGGCUGAAUGAAAUCUCCCUGCUAUGUGCUGAGUUGACAGCGCACUGCAAUGCACUCAGCUCUGAUUGGCUGGGUGUCCUCAAGUUCCUUUGCUGCUCUUCUAUUCACAGUAGUGGCUUCAUCGACGUCCUUACUCAGAUUGAUGUGUCUGACUUGUCCAUCCAUGACAACCUGGCAGUAUUCACGGCUAUCCUGAUUGCUCGACACUGUUUUUCCCUUCAGGAUCUGAUCUUUCAUGUGGCAUUGCCCAGCCUUGUGGCUACCUGUCCAUCAGCUGGAGGAGACCAGGAUGCAGAACCCGGUGCACGUUUGUCCUGCCAUCUGCUGCUGCGGCUGUUCAAACCAUCCCACUUGACAUCUCAGCUGUCAACAGGGCCUUACACAACCAAGACAGUGCCGAUGGUGCAGGCCUCCUGUGACCGCCAUCUGCUGGAGGCCUCACACAAUAGCGUAGACCUUGGGCCCUUGUCUGCUGUUCUCAGGGCCAUGCUUAUCUUAGGUGAUGAGCCAAACGAGGAGGGCAAGAACAAGUGUGGCAGUGGGUCACAGAAGGAUCGAGGGGGAGACAUCUCCUCUAUCCUGCUCAAUCUGGAUGACAUGGAUAUGGACAUGGUGCUUGGGCAGAGCAGCAAAGGAGGGAUGGAGAGUGCAGGGCUAAACGACUUCGCCAAGCAUGCACUACAAGAAGUGUGUCGCCAAGACUGGGUGCGGGAGAAGUUCCUGAAGGACCCGCAAGCCCUCUUCACAACAGAAGUGCUGACUGACCCCAUGCUUAGCAGCAAGCAGGCUCAGCAGCUGCUACAUACCAUCUGCUACCCAAAUGGUCUGCCAGGACCGUUGGAUACAGGUGACCUUGACCACAAACAGCUCAUCAAUCGUGUCCUACAGAAUCUUGAUCGCUGGUCACAGCGUGUGUCAUGGUUGGAGUUACAGUUCCUACUGAAACAAGCCAACAACCAAGCAGAGACCAACAGUAUUCUGGACCACAUUGCUCGUGCUACCAUUGAUCUCUUCCACCAGCAGUCCGAGAUCAAAUUGGCAGGGUCAUGUUCACCACAAGAAGAUGCAAAGACCAACUCAGACCAGGACACAGUGUGGCUGGUAGGGCCGCUCAUUGCCAAGCUUCCCAACUCCAUUCAGGGCCGUGUUCUCAAGCUGGCUGGUCAGGUGCUGGAGAGUGGCAACAAUCUUUUUGUCUCCGCAAAGAGCAAACAGGAAAAUGAUCGCAACCAGAAGAGCAAGUCUCUCUUAGGUCACCAGCCAUUUCUGUCCUCGUUCCAGACAUGUCUGAAGGGUCAGGAUGAGCAGCGAGAAGGACUGCUCAACUCACUCAUGUCCCAGCUAGAGAAAUUCAUCAACAACAGCAAGGACAUUUUGGAGAAAAGUCCUGAUGAGCGCAAAACACGACAACUUUUACACGAGGCCCUUCAGCUGCGAUUAUCUCUGGUGGGGGCCAUGUUUGACACAAUACAGCGUGCCAAUGGUACUACCACUGAGUGGGCAGUGUUACUGCUACAACUGAUCAGCCAUGAAGUUGUAGACUGUCAGACCAACAGCGAGUUGUUCUACACAGUCAUCGACAUGCUGUCGGUGUUGGUCCAUGGUACACUCAUCAGCGAUGGUCAGGAAGAGAACAAAAAAGUCUACCACAAUCUCAUCAAGAAACUGAAGAAGGAACUUGGAGAUAAGCACACAGAUGCUACAGACAAACUGCGACAGCUACUUCCCCUGCCCAAGCGAUUUUAUGAAGUCAUUUGUGUGGAGCCCUUUGGCACACUUGUGGAUACUAAGGGCAACAAAAUAGCCGGCUUUGAUUCCAUUGCCAAGAAACAGGGUUUACAGGUGAGCCAGAAAAUCAAGAUGAGUCCAUGGGAGGUCAUAGAGGGCAAUAAAAACCCAGCACCAAUUUCUUGGUCCUACUUUGGCGCCAUUCGUUUGGAGAAGAAACAGUUAACUUACGAGGAUCAACAUCGGUUACUGUUAUACCACACACACUGUCAGCAGCACCCUGACACCUACUAUCUACAGCCCCCACCGUUGCCUCCAGAGGAACUGCAACCUCCACCAGAAAAAGUGGAAGAGAAACCGAAGGAGAUCGUAGACCCCCAGGCCCAAGAAGCUAGAGGGAAGGCCAACAACAAGAAACGUCGCAAGAAGGCCCCACAAGGAAGCACCUACAUCCAGCAGCAGCAGCCACCAAUGAGGUCUUACUAUCCACAAGAGUCCAUGUAUUCUCCUCAUGGACCCUGGUACCCACCACAGCAGCCCAAGCCAUACGGAUAUCCACCUCAGAUGGGACAGCCUAGGCCUCGUUUCCAAGGCCCACCCAAAGCCAUGCUCAACACUUUCAUUCAGCAACGACGUACCACAAACUACCUGCACCAGGGUCAGAUGCCUCCUGGACAGAACCCUCACCUCAUGACAAAGCAGCAUAACCAGAACAUGCUGAGACAGCACAUCCUGCAGAAGUCUCGCCCCUUGAUGGAUGGCCAGCCCUCUGCAAUGUAUCCUACCGCAGGGGGGAUGCCCCCAAAUACUUCUCAAGCCAAUACUAUGGGACUUCCCAUAGGACAGAUGCAAGGAGGCAUGUCAGGGAACUACUACCCAUCAGUACCCACCCAGCAGCCAGGCAUGAUGGAUCCCAUGAACAGUGGCAUGAUGUCUCCUGGCUUCAACCAGUCACCAUACACAGCCCAGCAGGGGGCGCCGAUGAUGCAGGGCAUGCACACACAAACGGGGUACAUGCCACAACAGGCUAUGGCCCAAGGAGCGCAGCAGUUCUCAGCAGCUGGAAGCGAGCCAUCUUUUUGCAGGAUGCAACCCCAGAUGACAGGCGCACCAGGAAUGCAGACAGCUGCCCCAGGCAUGAAUGGCAUGGCGGGAUACAGUCAAAUAGGACCCGGGGCCCCUACACAGCAUCAGGGGCACUCCUAUAUGAACCAGCUGUCCAAUGCACAGAUGCGACAGCAGCCACAGUUUCACCCCCAGCACAUGCUGGCCAUGCAGCAACAACAGCAGCAGCCUGGACAACCGCAACCGAUGCAGCAGCAGCAACAACAGACAGCAGCUCUUGUGGCGCAGCUACAACGCCGCAUGUCCACUGGAUUGGGUGGACCCCCGCAAGGCCCACCAGCCCAGUUUAACACUUACAAUCAGUAUUAGGAUUCCAGGAAAUCUAGAGGGGGAGUUUCUGUGAGUGACCAGCAGACUUGGCUUCGUCAUACUGGGCAGUUAAGAUAAAAGAUAGCAUGGCCUCCAGCAAGGAGAGUUUUAUUCCACCAGAUUUUCAGGCAUUUCAGUGUUAAGUGCUGUGGAGGAAACCGGAACAAAAUUCAGGAUAUUUGACUAUUAAGGGCCAGGAACACGAGUGAGAGAUGGGCUGAAGUCAAAGUGAUGCCUAAAAUCAUGAGUUGAUAUAAUUUGGAGGCUAGAAAUCUGUUGGGGAAAGUGUUUAAUGCAAAUGGUGGUCUUGCCAUUUUGGCGUGUACCUUUCUCUUCAUGAACAAACCGUUAGUGAAUAGCACAGAACUAUGAUAUAUUUAUUUUCUACCUGUUGCUCUGGAUGGGGCUGUUUUGACUUGUCAGAAUGUACUAUUGUAUGUGUAUUAUAUGACCGUGUCAUAGACUGAGUGUGGACACUAGGGACUAAAUCAAAAACAGAGCAUAUAAUUUUAUAUGAUCUAGUAGUAAAAUCCUGAUCCUGCAGCACAGAUUUCAUGGAUACAUCAUAAAACCAUCUUACAGUGGAUGUGGACCAGUUAUAUCUUGUAUAUAAAGUCUGUAUAAAAUUUAGCAAAUUC